AUGUCUUUUACUCGGAACACGACUGUUCAACACAUCCCUGACAUCCCCUGCAUUCCUACUUUCAAGUUCACUUUCACGAAAGCAAGUGAUAUUACAUCUAAGAAAGAGAAAAAAAAUCCUCUCAGGUUAAUCCUUCACCCCAUUCUGUUUUUGCCUUCACCCCAGUCUGUUUUUGCUGCUCAACAUUCAAACGUCAUCAAAACAAGCAAUAUUACCCGGAGGACCAUUCGAAAGGAGCAGCAAAUGAAGCUAAUUGAGGGAGAUGUUGUCAAAAUUAUACUGGUUGUAACUGUUGUUACUGUGCAUGAAUACAAAGAGGAACUAUCAUUUUCUUCUUCCGGGUCUACAGUUUUGUAUGAUACUCCUGAUGUCCAUGCAGUAACUGCUUUCACCACUAGGAAUGUGGAACCAGAACUCCCCAUCUUUGUAGAACAGGCUGCAGUCAUCGAAAUCAAGGCUGGAUGGUGUGAUAUGUGCUGCCCUAGCUGUGUCUAUAAGCCGAUAAAAAGGCAGAGCCAAUCUUUAUGUGUAAAAUGCAACAAAAAUACACUAGUCAAGGCUGCCAGGUACCGUGUGAAGCUUGAGGUGCAAAGCGAGUCUAACUCAGCAACCUUUAUCAUCUUUGACUAUGAAGCGCACCGAUUCUUUGGAAUCAGUGCUAAUGAAAUUUUCGACAAGACUGGCCAAAACAAUACUUCACUUCCUGAACAACUCCUCGAGAUAGUGGGUACCACAAAGGAAUUCCAGGAGAAAGAUUUGCCCCUGCACAAGGAUGAAUCCUCUUCAUUUAUUACCACUAGUAGCGAGUCAUACCAACCUUCACCUGAUGCAAACCAAAUUGGCAACCCUGAAGAGUCUUAUGGAGCAGUCAAAGGUCCUGACAGUUCUGCAAACAAGCUGAAGAGAAAGAUGCCAUUGGAGUGA